AUGGCGACGACGCUCCAGAAGCAGCUCGCGGCCAUCGCCGCCUCGAGCAGCCACCAGCUCGACCUCAAGGCGCAGCGGUCGGCGCACGGCAAGUCGCUGCUGUUCGAGCCCAAGGUCGCCGGGUCGCAGUCGUUCGAGGCCGUGUUCCUCAUCUGCCACGACGGGUUCCGCGAGCUGUGCGCGCUCGACGCCCGCUUCCGCCACUUCGCCAGCAGCCUCUUCAGCGAGCAGAGCAAGGAAGAGGACCGCGUGCACCUGACCGAGGCCGAGGACAGGAAGCUCGGCGCGGUGCUGGAUGCCUUUCUCACCCUCGUCGGCCCGCGCCUGCUGCUGAAGCCGGCGCAAAAGGCGGUCGAGUGGCUCGUCCGCCGAUUCAGAGUCCACGAGCACAACACAGAGACCCUCGUCUUCACUUACCUCCCCUACCACCAGACCCCGCACUUCACCGCCCUCCUCUCCAUCCUGCCCGCCCAGCCGCGCCACGCCCUGCGCUUCCUCUUCCCCUACAUCCAGGCCAAGACGAACCCGCCGCGGCAGACGAUUGUCUACACCGCCAUCAACACGCCCGACUUCUUCAACGCCUUCCAGGCCCACAUGGUCCGCGUCCUCGAAGCCGGCCACGAGUCGCCCGCCCUGCUCCACUUCUGGGCCACCGUCACCUACCAGGCCAUCCACGGCAUCUUUCACGCCCGCUCCUCCGGCAGGAGAGAGCUCCAGGCACAGAGGACCGAAGACGUGCUGCUCACCGUCGUCCCCGUGCUCAACAGCUCCAUGCGCCUGGCCAACGGGCCCGAGGUCGUCGUCGCCUGCUAUCUGAUCGUGCACGCCCUCGUCACCAACGCCCGGCUGGGGGACAAGGUGCUCGACUCUCUGAUGGACGCCAUGCUGCGCGCCCACGACGCCGACUCGCUGGGCCAGUGCCUGCUGGUCUUGGCCGCCGUCGCCGAGCAGCGAUCGAGCGCACAGCUGCCGACCCCUGUGAGCAGCCGCCUCUUGAGGAUACCGCAGCUGUCCGCCGCCCUCGCAGCCGCCUCGGCCCAGUGCUCCGUCGCGCGUCUGGCCCUGGGCUGUGCUUUGGGCGCCUGGAGUGGCGCCGCUCGCUCCGACGAGAAGCGCGCCAUCUUCACAGACAUUGUCCAGUCCAACCUCCUCGCACCGCCACAGACACACGUCGUCUUGUCCGCUCUGCUCCGGACCGUACGAGACUGCGCGCCUGGCUCGGAAGAACACGGCCAGCUUCUCGAGCUCGCUGCGAGGCUCGCCCAGGACAAAGCGCUCGCCAGCCAGCUGCAGGUCGCCGCCAAGGAGCACGACGUCGACCUAGACUCACUUGGCCUCUCCAUCGACCAGACCAUGGAACGUGUCCAGGCAGUCUCUUUCGACUCGGAAGACGACGAGAUGCUCGACGCCGACGCCGACGCCGACGCCCACGCAGCUAGCGGUGCAUCGACCCCAUCCGUCCCGGCCUUUGAGACGAGCACUUUUCUGGCUCCCACGACUUCAACCGAGUACAGCGCUGUCGCAGCUGCCUUCGAGCAGGCCGUCUCUUCCCGCCAGGCCGCCCGCUUCCUGGCCUCUCCCGAGCUCCAGCAAAAGGACGUGGACAAAUCGAGCGUCUACCUUGGUUUCUUGGCCCGCGCGUGGUCCACCUCCCGAUCGGCCCCUGCUCGAGUCGCUGCCCUCCGAGCGGCUGCAUCCGCCAUCAAGCGCGCCCCAGCCACUGCCGACUUCCAAAACAUCCUCCCCUACCUUGUGCACGCGCUUUGCGAUUCGUCCUCUCUUGUCCGCCGCUCUGCCGCAGCCUGCGUCGCUGCGCUGUCGAACCGCUCCGUCUCGAAAGCACCCAAAACCUGGGGCUCCGACUUGUACGGCAAAGCCCCUGGCACCAUCUCUGCGCUGAAGCCUGAUGAAGUCGCGACCCUGCUCACAUCUGUCCUCGCUCCCGUGCUCGAAGAGUGCGUCAUGGAUUCGAAAUUCGUCGUCCCAGGACUAAGAGACGUGCUGGAAGGUUCGCAGGCAGCAAAGUCGAAGCAGACCAUCAAGGCCCCAGUCCGAACCUCGGUCCUCCACUUCCUCAGCAGCCACGCAGCAGCCACUCCCCUUCUGAAGGUCAGGAUCAACGUGCUGCCCCUCUUCAACUUCCUCGGCAAGAACUCGGCCGCCGUUCGCAGCGACGCUGUCAUUCCUCUGAUCAAACAUUGGUGUGCACUGCCUGCAGCAGACGUGGCCACCAAGUGCACAGACGAGCAGGUCCAGGUCGAAGAUGCAGAUCGAGCACAUCUCAACGCGCUCGUGGCAAAGGAAGCGAAGAGCGCGCAAGUCCUCGGCGACAUCAUCUCAGGAUCCCUCGGCAAGGAGCGCGUUGCCCUGGUCGCUGCAGCUUUCGACCACAUCAACACCUUGUGGCCCUCGAUCAAGUCCGAGUCGAAAUUGGCACUGGCUCAAGCCAUGCUGGACUUGUCACUCAAGGAGAGCACCGAGCCCUUUGACCAGCUGUGUCGAGAGCGUGCUCUUGAAACCCUGCGCAGCGUCAAGCUUGACUCUGUCGCCCUCAUCACAUUCCUUGACAGUGUUCCUUGUGCGCUCCAGAUGCCCGAAGGUCCACCCACGAAGAAGAGAAGACGGACUAGCCGCAACGAGAUGGCGCGAGUGGACGUCUCCUCUACAGAUGAGCUGCAACGUCUGCUGCGACGACUCGCCCUGGUGCUGGAACUCAUCGAAGGAUCGAACCCUGGCCAGCACCCGGCCCUGUUCAGGAACCUCUUCAACGUCUUUGGCGACCUGCAGCCACUCAAGCAACAGUCUGGAUCCGAGCUCGUUUACUUGCAGAGCAUGAUCCUGGGCGCGCUGACACCCAUCGUCAACACCCUGAAGGAGCACCCAGAGGCAGCUGAAUACCAAUCCGCCGUUCGCGCCGACUUGCUCAUCGACGCCAUCCGUCACUCCACCAGCCCGCAGGUGCAGAACAGCGCGCUCUUGCUCAUCUCCAGCUUGGCAACAUGGGUCCCUGACCUGAUCCUGCACAACCUGAUGCCCAUCUUCACCUUCAUCGGCUCAACGCUGCUCCGCCAGCACGAUGAUUACUCGGCUCAAGUCGUCGACAAGACCAUCUCGCGAGUCGUGCCGCAGCUGGCUGCAUCGCUGCGCUCCAAGCACAAGAACUUCUUGACCGGAGUCUCAGAUCUGCUGCUGAGCUUCACGGCAGCGUUCGAGCACAUCCCGCUGCACCGCAGACUCAAGCUCUUCUCCGAGCUCGCCCGCACGCUCGGGCCCGAGGACUCGCUGUCUGCGAUCCUGGCCCUUCUAGCCGACCGAUACCACAACAGCAAGAUCCAGCGCAGAUUCUCGACCGAGCUGCUGCUCGUCUUCGACCCCAUCCACACCUUCGAUGCCAUCAACGGCUACCUGGACCUCGUGGCUGAUGCUGCGGGGCCGAAGCCCAAGGUGUCUGACACGCUGUUUGGUCUGAACGAGAAGAAGCCUGCGGAAGUCGAGGCUGCUAUCCAGAACCUCUUGGUGUGCCUUGCGGACCUCGCAGCUGACGACAGACUUCGCGCACAUGUCACUAGAGCGUUCCGACGCAAGUCUGACAACGGCAAGCCCCGUGAUAUCUUCGCCAGCAUCGUUGAAACCACCAUCAAGCUCUCCAAGCAGGUCGCCCAGUCGCCCAAGCUGUACGAAUGCUGCAGUCGCGUCCUCGCCCGAGCCCUGGAUCUCCUGCCCACCACCGAGCUCGUCAAGUCGGCCGAGCUACUCCUCGCAAAGACCGAUGCUCAGGUACUGGUCGCCGCUAUCAAGUCAGUGCAGGUGCGAGCCGCUUCCGUUGUGCAGAACGACCGCCAUUCCGUUCACGCAUUGGUCUCGUUCUUGCCUAGCGUCGAAAACGUCCUGCAGCAGUCCAAGUCGUUGGACGCCAAGAUCAUCUCCGUCAGCUGUAUCGACAGCAUAGUCGAGCGAUUCGGCAAGAAAGAUGCCGCUGCCGUCGCUUCGGUGGCGCAGACCAUUGCCGGCCCCCACUCGCUAUCACACGGCGACGACAGGAUCCGUGUUCUAUCCCUGCUGUGCCUGACCUCGAUCGUUGACGUGCUUGAGGACGAGGCCAUCGCGCUUCUGCCAUGUAUUCUGCCCGUCGCAUUCGACUACCUAUCCAAGGCCAUCGAGGAGGAGAAUGUCGGGUUGCACAAUGCAGUCUACACUCUUGUUUCCGACAUCAUCGAGCGAUUGGGAUACGUGUUCUCGCGCGAGUACCUCGACGCAGCGCUGCGGCUAUCCCACCGAUCUGCCGCUGCUGGUCUCGAGGAUGCCUGCGACGAGAGCCGCCGCGCAUUCUACCAGAGCGUGUCCGAGCACCUCGGCGCGCAGGAGGUGUUCGCCGCCAUCCAAUCUACCUGGACACAUGCCCUCUCUCACGGCUUUGAUGCAUCGCUCCAACACCUCGAGCUGCUUCGCUCCACCGUCGACAGCCAGACCAAGGCCAAGCUCAUCAAGGCCAGCUCCACCCUGUUCACCCUGAUUCUGUCGAGCUUCCCUCUGCGAACAGCGAUAGGCUCGCAGAAGGAUGCAGAAUACGACGACGAGGAGAUGGAGCAGCUCGAGAACACACUCGUCGAGUCGGUAGUCGCAAUGGUGCUGAAGCUCAAUGACGCUACCUUUCGACCUUUCUUCGUGCAGCUGGUCGAUCAGGAGGGACCUGUAACCUCCAAGCCCGAGCGCGCCAUUACCUUUUACAGAUUCCUCGCCUCCUUCUUCGAUAAAUUCAAGUCCAUCGUAACCACAUACUCCGCCUACGUUCUGGACCACGUGGCGAAGCUGCUCGACCAGCUUGUCCACGAAGAUGCAAGCUCAGAGCUCCGCGGCGUCGUCCUCGCAGCGCUACAGAAGACGUUCCAGCACGACCAGGACGGCUUCUGGCAAUCUCCCUCACACUACGGCGUCAUCAUGAAGCCACUACUGAAGCUCCUGACCAUCACAGCGGCAGAGGACAUCACAACCGACGUGAUCCCCGCCAUCACCGAGUUGGCAGCCGCAUCCGCGUCCUCGCUCGACAACCACCGCGAGAUGAACGCCGUGCUGCUCAAGUACAUGCGCGACGAAGAAGCCCACACGCGUCUCGCGACGGUACUCUGCGAACAGAGCCUCACCAAGCGUCUGGGCGAAGAGUGGCUGGGCCUGCUGCCAGAGAUGCUGCCCUUCAUCAGCGAGCUCCGGGAAGACGACGACGAGAUGGUGGAGCGCGAGACGCAGCGGUGGAUCUCCUCUGUCGAGCACAUCCUAGGCGAGGACCUCGAAGCCAUGCUGCAGUAA